AUGAACAUGGAGAAGCAUUUACCAAUAGGCCACAGUUGGCGGUCCUCAAAAUGGUUCAUUCUCUCAACCGUCGCAAUCGCGUUGUUUGCUGAAACCUUCCUCUAUGGCUUUCUAGUUCCUAUCCUGGGAGAAAUGAUCCAAAAUCGCCUCCAUGUCCACCCGUCCAAAGCUCAGGAGCUGACCUCUGUCGUUCUUGCCCUCCAUGGUACUCUCGCCGUGCUCUCGGCCCCUAUCAUCGGCCAUUAUGCCGACAAGAACCAAAACCGGAAGACCGCACUACUACUAUCUCUUGGAUGGUGCAUUGUCGGCACAGGUACAGUUGCUGGUGCUCGUUCAGUCCCUAUGCUACUACUAGGCCGCGUGAUGCAAGGCAUCGCAGGGUCUGCGGUAUGGAUUAUCGGCUUUGCAACAGUCGCAGACACUAUUAGUCCGACCCAUAUAGGCUUUGCAUUGAGUAUAAUGAUGUCUUGCGCCAACACGGGAACCAUCGGUGGACCUGCAAUUGCUGGGCUUCUUUUGGAGGUUGCUGGUUACUGGUUAACGUGGUCGGUCCCGCUCGUGGUUUUAACCAUAGACUUUAUUGCACGCGUGUGUAUGAUCGAGAAUCCGGCCAGCCCUCCCUCUACUCCCGAUGGAAAUCCAACAGAAACUGCUAGUCUGCUCCCCUCUCACGAGGAGGACCAAGUCCCACCCGAAAUCGGUAAUCUUUGGCGCAUAAUGCUAUGCAAUGGUCGUGCUAUGACUUGUCUGCUGACUAUCAUCAUGGGCACAACCUUGAACACGAGUCUCGAUGCAACGCUUCCUCUCUAUGUCGAAGAGAAGUUUGGGUGGGGCCCUAGCACUGCUGGACUUCUCUUUGCUGGCCUGGUCGUUCCGGGUGUUCUGAUCGGUCCCGUUGCUGGUUGUCUCCGUGAUCGAAUCGGAACGCAAAUUCCCACCGUGAUCUGCGCCACCCUUCAGGCGAUAGUUCUCGGUGUAAUGGGCCUCGCCGGUAGCGAUGUUCCCUGGGCGAGCGCUCAGAAUAUGGGCAAACCACUUUACGCGACCUGUAUUGUUGCUCUAGGCACAUUACGGCCAUUUGUGUCUGGUAUCGCGCCUGUCGAAUUGACGGCUACUACUAAGGCAAUGCAGGAAAGGUCGCCAGGCAUUUUUGGGCCCAAAGGAGGCAUGUCACGCGUAUUCUCUAUGAUGGACGUUGCUGCUUCACUCGGGAUGAUCAUUGGCCCUAUCAUUGGUGGCUCGCUGAAAGAAAUGCUCGGCUAUAGAUACAUGAGCUGGACCUGGAGUAAGUUUGUUGAUCUCAUUGGUUUGCUUUGCUAA